CCAUCACCCCCAUCGUCCCAUCAUCCCCAUCACCCCCAUCACCCCCAUCGUCCCAUCAUCCCCAACACUCCCCAAGCAACCUGGCAACCUCGUAAUCCCCGUUCCACCACGACCAAGACCGGUCUAUGGAGCCUCUCCCUCGCAGUCUCUUUGCGCACCCUACCCGUGGAGAUGCGUAUUACAGAGAUGCUCCUCUGGUGCUGAGGAAAAGCGGCAUCAUCGGUCCAAUUAUUUCCGCCUAGACCGGGUCGGGUCUUCACGGCGGACUAAUCAGCUGCCCCCCGGCCCUUCGCUGCCCUCUCCCCCCCGCCAGCUCGACCCCUCCACCCAUUACCAUUUAGCAUUUAGAACCCUCGAACCUUCCGUCACUCGUGAAGAUUUCUUUCUUUCUACACAUCAUCAACACCUCUCCCUUCCACUCCAUCACCACUCACGGACAGGAUCCUGUGCAAAUUCUCAACCAUCCGAAUACCCUCACAAAUCCUAAUCUCUAGCUUCCUCUUGUCAUCAUGAGUGGACCAACGUGAGUGCUGUUCACUUUCUUACCCCUCAGCAAUUUACCCCACCAUUCGUGGUCGCCGUGGCUGCGGCUGCUUUCACAACACCAACAUGGCGUCGACACGCGGGAUUAUACGUCUGCCAGAUACAUCGCUACAAAUUUCUAUUCUACAAUAUUCUCUUAAUUGACACCUUCAGCGCUCGCCUCGCUGCCAUCAACAUUGGUGGCACGGCAGCUCGAAGGGAGGGAAACGGAAACGGAUCUCCGGGAUUCCAUCCCAACUCAGCUUCUACGAAUUCGAAAACAAGUACUGAAUCUAAUACUGACAAUGCUCCUAGAGGAGAUUUCGGCCUCAUCGGCUUGGCCGUCAUGGGCCAGAACUUGAUUCUCAACGCUGCCGACCACGGUGCCAAUGUCAUUGCAUUCAACCGAACCGUCUCCAAGGUUGACAAGUUCCUUGCCAACGAGGCAAAGGGUAUGUACCAAUUCUUUGCUGGUGUCAAUUCAACCUUUAGAAAAUCAGCUAAAUUGUACCCCCACAGGCAAAUCCAUCGAGGGUGCCCACUCAAUCGAAGAGUUCUGCGCAAAGCUCAAGAAACCCCGCCGUAUGAUGCUUUUGGUCAUGGCCGGUAAGGCUGUUGACGACUUCAUCGAGACUCUCCUUCCCCACUGUGAGGAGGGUGAUAUCAUCAUCGAUGGUGGUAACUCACAUUUCCCCGACACCAACCGUCGAACAAAGUACUUGGCUACCAAGGGUAUUCGAUUCGUCGGUGCCGGUGUGUCUGGUGGUGAGGAGGGUGCCAGAUAUGGCCCAUCUAUCAUGCCAGGUGGAAACCCUGAGGCCUGGCCAUACAUCAAGGAGAUCUUCCAAAACAUCUCCGCCAAGAGUGAUGGAGAGCCAUGUUGCGACUGGGUCGGUGAUGAGGGUGCCGGUCACUACGUAAAGAUGGUUCACAACGGUAUUGAGUACGGUGACAUGCAAUUGAUUUGCGAAGUACGAAUUUCCAUCAUGUAAUCAAUCAAUUUUCGCUAACCCAACUUAGGCCUACGAUAUCAUGAAGCGUGGUCUCGGAAUGGAGGACAAGGAGAUUGGUGAUGUCUUCACCAAAUGGAACAAGGGCGUUCUCGACUCUUUCCUCAUUGAAAUUACCCGUGAUAUCAUGUACUUUAACGAUGAUGAUGGAACACCACUUUUGGAGAAGAUUCUCGAUUCUGCAGGACAAAAGGGUACCGGAAAGUGGACUGCUAUCAACGCUCUCGAUCUUGGACAGCCAGUUACCUUGAUUGCUGAGUCCGUUCUUGCCCGUUGUCUCUCAUCUCUCAAGGGUGAGCGAACACGCGCAUCCAAGGUUCUUGAAUUUGUUGGUCGAUCCAGCAAGUUUGAGGGCAACAAGGAGCAAUUCUUGGACGAUUUAGAGCAAGCUCUUUACGCCUCCAAGAUCAUCUCAUACGCGCAAGGUUUCAUGCUUAUGCAAUCUGUAAGUUCGCCAUUCUCUUUUCCAUCAUAUGACAUUCUGACCAAGUUUUUCAGGCUGCCAAGGAGUACGGUUGGUCAUUAAACAAGCCAUCCAUCGCUCUUAUGUGGCGCGGAGGAUGCAUUAUCCGAUCCGUUUUCUUGAAGGAUAUCACCGCUGCUUACCGCAGCAACCCUGAUCUUGAGAACUUGUUGUUCGAUGACUUCUUCAACAAGGCCAUUCAUAAGGCUCAACCAGGAUGGAGAGAUGUUGUCUCCAAGGCUGCUCUUCUCGGUCUACCAACCCCAUGUUUCUCCACCGCUCUCUCAUGGUUCGACGGUUACCGAACCAAGGAUCUCCCAGCCAACCUUCUCCAGGCCCAGAGAGAUUACUUUGGUGCCCACACCUUCAAGAUCAAGCCAGAGCACGCUAGCGCCAAGUACCCAGACGGUGACAACAUUCACGUCAACUGGACCGGUCGUGGUGGUAACGUUAGUGCUUCAACAUACCAAGCAUAGGUUGAUUGAUUGGAUAUCUUUUGGGCUUUUCUCGAUAAUGCUGUAUUUAGAGAUUUUGACAUACAGUUGAUUGGGUGUCAAAUAACGUUAAAUGAAUGAAAAGAAGGUUCUUAUGAUGUUUGUAGACUGUAGUAGUAAAAUGAGUGAAGAGUGAGG